AUGGUGCAGGAUCAAGGUGAAAAGGAGAACCCGAUGCGGGAGCCGGGCAUCCCCAAGCUCGGCCUCCACAUCUGCGUGGGGGAGAGUGGCGACAGGCUGACCCGGGCGGCCAAGGUGCUGGAGCAGCUCACUGGCCAGACCCCCGUCUUCUUCAAAGCCAGAUACAUCGUCAGAUCCUUUGGCAUUAGGAGAAAUGAAAAAAUUGCCGUUCACUGCGCAGUCCAUGAGGCCAAGGCAGGGGAAAUCUUGGAGAAAGGUCUGAAGGUGUGGGAGUACGAGUUACGGAAAAAUAACUUUCCCAAUACUGGAAACUUUGGGUUUGGGAUCCAGAAACACAUUGAUCUGGGGAUCAAAUAUGACCCUAGCAUCAGUGUCUACGACCUGGACUUCUAUGUGGUGCUGGGGAGGCCAGGCUGGAGCAUUGCCGACAAGAAGUGCAGAACAGGCUGCAUCAGGGCCAAACAACAGAAUCGGCAAAGAGGAGGCCAUGCGCUGGUUCCGGCUGAAGUGUGAUGGGAUCAUUCUUCCUGGCAAAUAAAUUCCUGUUUCCAAAAGA